ACCAGCUGAUUUUGUUGACGAACUAAAAACAAAACAUUUUCGCAAUUUCCACUUUUUCCGCGAAUUUUCCCCGAAAAACAAGUGAAAAGAGCGUGAAAAUCUGCAAAGAUGAAUGCCCCACCAACCUUCGAGUCCUUCCUCUUGUACGACGGGGAGAAAAAAAUCAUCAAAGAACUAGACACAAAGGUGACAAAUGCAGCGAUUUUCACGGUAAAUAAGGAAGAUCACACCCUUGGAAAUAUGAUCAGGAACCAAUUGUUGAAGGAUCCAAACGUCCUGUUUGCUGGAUACAAAGUCCCUCAUCCGCUGGAGCAUAAAUUCGUCAUAAGGAUUCAAACAACAGCCGAAUACUCUCCCCAUGAAGCCUUCACAAAUGCAAUUACGGAUCUCAUGUCGGAACUAUCGCUCUUUGAGGAGAGAUUUAAGGACGCAAUUAAGGAUAAAAAAGACGGUGGAGAUUAGAAUUUGUAUGAAAUUGAUCUAAAAAUUUAAUGAAAACGAA